CUUGUAUGUUUGUUUGUCGUUUGUUGUUUGUUUGUAAGUUUGUAACUCCACGCGGCACGUGUUAUUAUGUCGCGUAUCCCGUCGUGUAUGACCUUGAGACUAUACUGUUGUAAUGCAUUCGUCCCACCCCGCUCCCCACUCGUAGACAACAAUAUUUUCUAACCCGUAGACGCGCGCGCGUCAUCAAUUAUGUAUAUAUAUAACGACUCGUGCCACCUUUAUCAGCCGUCGCCCUAUUAUGAGUAUUUGACUGACCAACACCUCGCGUUAUACGCCGCUGUGCAAAGUCCAGCAAGCGCCGCACGCCCGACGACAUUCCGCCGCAAAUGAUACCGUAGUCUUCUUCCCGUUGUCAAAGUGACAACGUCUACGAUUCGAUCCGCACUCGCGCGGCGUCGCUAUCAACGCUGCUAACCUGUUGACGUCCGAGGAACACGCCGGACAACGCGUCGUCGAUGCCAGCGAAAGUGCCGCGAUAUUAUGCGAAGAUUAUAUAUUAAUAUUUGAAGGUGGCCGAAUUUUGGCGUGAUAGUAAUCCAAAUAGUUUUGCAAAAAAGUUUUAUUCAUUUGAACAAUGCGAAAACUUUAUAAAGGAAUUAGGUUUUACUAUCAUGUAUAAUUUUGAAAAUUUGAUUGAUGAGGAUAAUUCUAAAAAAAUUGAAAUAAAUAAAUGCUUAUCUGAAGUUUUAAACAGUUUUACUGAUUUAACUAAAUAUGUACAAGAAAAUAUUCCGAAAAAUUCUGAAAAUCUCAAGAUAUUAAAGAACAUUCAAGAAGCCACAAUGAGUAAUUUGAACAAAUUUGUUAUAAAUAUUCAAACCCCAGCAGGAUAUAUUAACUCAAAUGGCAGUAACCAAAUAUUAGUACCUCUUGCAGAAACCAAUAAUAGACAAGAAAAUAUUUCAAUCAAUCAAAGUGAGAACAUGAAUUUGGAAAAGGAUCUGUUUCUUUACGAUUUUGAUGAAAAUGUUUUAAUCUACAUUGAUGGUGUUGUCACAAUAAAUGAAUUCAAAAAAGCAUCAGCAGGAGCUGGUGUGUUUUUUAAUAAUGACCAUCAUUUGAAUUUGUCAGUUAAAAUACCGGGCAGUCAAACGCUUAAUAAUGCUAAAAUAUAUGCUGCAAUUUUAGCUCUUGAUACUGCAUAUAACGUUGACAUCAAAAAACUUUGCAUUCAUACUAAUUCAAAAUUUUUAUUCAGUUGUGUUGAUUCGUGGAUUAUUCGUUGGAAAGCAAAUGGUUGGAUUACAAAUUCUAAGACACAAGUUAAAAACAAAGAAAUGUUAACAAUUUUAGAUAGUAAAAUAAAAAAAUUUCGCUCAAUUAAAUGGAAGUUAAGCUUAGGAGAAAUAAUAGAUGAAUUACCAUACAUAGAUGGAGCACAAAAAUUAGCUAAAGAUGCAACUCUACCUAAAUUCAAAAAUUAUUAAUUUAGAUUAUUUUAUUUAAAAUUACUUACAAGAUUUUUAUCAUAUUUGAUAUGAUUGAAAUAAUUUUUUAUUUAAAGUUUUUUUAUGUAAAGUCAAAAUAAAAUUUAUAAGAAAUAUUAAUUUUUUGUAUAAUUUUGUAUUUUAUACAAUAUCAUAAUGGGUAUUUAUUUUCAGUUUAAAACUAUAUUGUUUUAUUUUAAAAAACAUAUUAGCAUUUUUAUUUUCUAUUUUUUAAAGGUUUUUUUUUUAAUUACAGAGUGUAAAAUAUUUAUUUUAUUUUAUCAGUUUAUUUAUCAAAUGUAAAAUUUAGAAUUGAUUUUAAAAGACAAAAAAAAUUCUAUAAAGUUUUUUUAAUUGAACAAAAUAUACAGCAUUUUAUUUUAAAAAUAGAUAAAUUAACCGUUAUAUAUUUUUUAUAUUAAACAAGAGAAUUGUUAUACUUUUUAAAUGUUUUACUCUAGUAUAAAUAAUAUUUCAUAUAAAUAGUUGUAACUCCACAGAUAGCAUCAUAACAUAUAGGCUUAGGUAAAUGUAUUCUUUCCUUAUCAUAUACUUUAUUCAAUUUAUGGAUGAAAACUUUAAAAAUAAAUUUGUAGUUACCUUACUCCAUUGACGGAAUAAUUUUGAUUGGGUCAUAUUAAUCUAAUACUUAUUUAUCAUGAUGGGAAUUUUUAUUCAUGAGUAUAAUUUAACUUUAAAAAACAAAAUGUUAAAAUUUGGUCUGAU